AUGAGUUCGCUACUCACGAAGCUCCCGGACGAAGUGCUCCAGGUGAUUUUGUAUUAUAUGUCGCCUCCGACGAAUGCAGCCCUACAGCAAACAUGCCGACGGUUUAUUGAUGUGGCUAAUGAGCCUCUGCUCUGGAAAUGCUAUUGCGAGCGGUAUUUUCGAUGGUGGGAUAAACGGCAUCAGAUCAAAGCCAAAUUUCAAGAUGCCACCUUCGACGACUGGAAAGCCGUGUAUGCCGAUCGCUACAUUGCGUUUUCUACGACAAGGAAUGCCAUCAAAAGGGUCAUCUCCGAAGAGCGCGGACGUUUGGAUGCUGUCAAGUCCGUUCUGGACGCCGGCUACGAUGCCAAAGACACUCUGAUCGAUAUGUUCUGGCAUGCUUCUUCCUCCGAGAACCACUUGGCGCAGAGAUAUUGGAGCCAUGCUAUUCUCGGCUGUCUACAUCGACUGCUGGCAGUGGAGGAGUGGGUGAGAUUGAGAGCCCAUGGCGAAGCUACAAUUCCAUUUGAAGGACCUCUUGCUGCACUUGACAUGUUCGUCCUUGAAGAGCGACCCGAGGGCGACAUGGACGACAUCUUCUCUCGACUGGAUUCCUACGUCGCUUCAGUUCGCGCAGCACAUCCCGAUAUCGACGAUAUGACGCCGCGAGAGAAAGCCAUCACGAUCGCCGACCAUCUUAUUGAAAACAAAUGGGUGGGGAUCCAGGGAGAUCGCCACUACCACAGCCUCGACCACAUGUUCCUCGGAGUGUCAUUAUUUAGUGAGAACCGAAACUCCGUCCCGCUGGUAUCCGCCGUCAUAUUCUGCUAUAUCGCGCGGCAAUAUGGCCUGCGUGCCUCACCAUGCAGUUUUCCAUUCCACGUCCACGCUCUAGUCGAACCUCCUGAAGGAAUCGACCUUGACGGCAAUCCUCUCCCCGAUGGCUUCCAGUCCGACGUCGGCCCCAACGCCGUGCCGUCCGAACUGACACACAUGUACAUGGACCCAUUCAACACGUCCGAACCGAUACCGCUAUCUUCACUUCAGACUCAACUGGUUUUUAUUGCCCCAACCUCGACGCCCAACCAAACCACAUCAUACCUGUCCGGUGCAACGACACGCGACAUGACAAUCCGUACGGCACAUAACAUCCUGUCUUCGUCCACCCAUUACCCAGGCGCUCCCGCCCACCCCAUAAACCGCCGUCUAGCAACCUACGCAGCCCUUUUCUCACUAGUGAUCCUGCCAUCUCCACAUACCGCACAACCAGCCAACCUGCGCCAGCAUCUGGCGGUCCUGACGCAACAUUUCCUUGAGUUCUUUGAUCUGGAUAUCCACCUAUACGAAACGCACGUGUUGCCACUGACCGACCUCCUGCCUGACGGCGAGGCGUACCGCAGUCUCAUUCAGCAACUCAAAGAAGCGGACCACGAAUCCAAGUCACCCAAGCAUCGCUCCGACCCGCAAAACUCGGUGGUCAAGUAUCGCGUGGGCCAGAUCUUCCGACACCGGCGCCGUGGAUAUCUCGCCGUCAUAUAUGGAUGGGAUCCAUACUGUCGUAUGCAGGAACAGUGGAUCACCAUGAAUCGAGUGGAUCGCUUGCCCAAUGGCCGUCAUCAGCCAUUCUAUAACGUCCUGGUGGACGACGAGUCGACACGCUAUGUGGCCGAGGAGAAUGUGGUAGUGCUGGAGCCUGAUGAGGUCACAGAGGACGUGCUGGAUGCGUUCCCCGUCGAGAUCGGUAAGUGGUUCAAGAGGUUUGAUGGCGAGACCGGCACAUUUGUGAGUAACGUGCGCGACGAGUAUCCCGAGGAUUGA